AUGACGCGAUAUGUAUUCAUUUGUUUGUGUAUAUUCGUGAUCACGACACACGCUGCUGUACAACUGACUUGCGGCCACUACGAAAUCCCUGUCGAAUGUCCAGCGAACUGUCCAUCUGACUUCUGUCCGGAUUACCCCAACCAGGAUCGGCCAUGUCCAAAACCAGAAGUGUGUGGAGAACCCGAGUGCAAAUGCCGCUUCAAUACAAGAAGAACAUCAGAAAAUAGAACUUGUAUACCUACUCAGGAAUGUCGUCCCUUUUUAUGUCGUGCACCCAACACUGAGUACGCGCCGUGCCCCGCAUAUUGCCCGUCUGAGGACUGCGCAGAAGCAACUCCUGAUGGAGGCUGUCCUCAAUUGGACAACUCGAUCCUGGAAAUUGAGUGCAUCCCUAGGUGUAGAUGCAAGAGGGGCUACUGGAGACAUAAUAACAACUGUGUACCUUAUAGUGAAUGCCCCCAAAAUAAGCAAUAA